CCGCCGCCCGGGGCAUUGGCCCCCAGGCCCCCGCCCCUGAUCGACGCGGGACCCGGCGCCGGAGCACCAUGGCGGGCCAGGGGGACUGCUGCGUCAAGGUGGCCGUCAGGAUCCGGCCCCAGCUGUCAAAAGAGAAGAUUGAAGGCUGCCACAUCUGCACCUCGGUCACCCCGGGGGAGCCCCAGGUCCUCCUGGGGAAGGACAAGGCCUUCACCUAUGACUUUGUCUUCGACCUGGACGCCUGGCAGGAGCAGGUUUAUUCUACCUGCGUGAGCAAGCUCGUGGAGGGCUGCUUCGAGGGCUACAAUGCCACGGUGCUGGCCUACGGGCAGACGGGGGCCGGCAAGACAUACACUAUGGGCACCGGUUUCGACAUGGCGACGGCGGAGGAGGAGCAGGGCAUCAUCCCGAGGGCCAUCGCGCACCUCUUUGGGGGCAUCGCUGAGCGCAAGCGGCGGGCACAGGAGCAGGGCGUGGCCGGGCCCGAGUUCAAAGUCAGCGCCCAGUUCCUGGAGCUCUACAACGAGGAGAUCCUCGACCUCUUCGACAGCGCCCGCGACCCUGACGCCCGCCACCGCAGGUCCAACAUCAAGAUCCACGAGGACGCCAACGGCGGCAUCUACACCACGGGCGUCACCUCCCGCCUCAUCAGCUCCCAGGAGGAGCUGAUCCAGUGCCUGAGGCAGGGCGCCCUGUCGCGCACCACGGCCAGCACCCAGAUGAACGUGCAGAGCUCCCGCUCCCACGCCAUCUUCACCAUCCACGUGUGCCAGAUGCGCCGGUGCGCCCGGCCCGACCUGCUGAACGAGGCCGUGGCCGGGCUUCCCGAGGGCACCGCCCCCUCGGGCGAGUACGAGAGGCUAACCUCCAAGUUUCACUUUGUGGACCUGGCCGGCUCAGAGCGGCUGAAGCGGACGGGGGCCACGGGCGAGCGGGCCAAGGAGGGCAUCGCCAUCAACUGUGGGCUGCUGGCCUUGGGCAACGUGAUCAGCGCCCUGGGCGACCAGAGCAAGAAAGUGGUGCACGUGCCCUACAGGGACUCCAAGCUCACCCGGCUCCUCCAGGACUCGCUGGGCGGCAACAGCCAGACCAUCAUGAUUGCCUGCGUGAGCCCCUCGGACCGGGACUUCAUGGAGACGCUCAACACGCUCAAAUACGCCAACCGAGCCCGCAACAUCAAGAACAAGGUGGUGGUGAACCAGGACAAGACCAGCCAGCAGAUCAGCGCGCUGCGGGCCGAGAUUGCGCGCCUGCAGAUGGAGCUGAUGGAGUACAAGGCGGGCAAGAGGGUGAUUGGGGAGGAUGGCGCCGAGGGCUACAGUGACCUGUUCCGGGAGAACGCCAUGCUGCAGAAGGAGAACGGGGCGCUGCGCCUGCGGGUCAAGGCCAUGCAGGAGGCCAUCGACGCCAUCAACGGCCGCGUCACGCAGCUCAUGAGCCAGGAGGCCAACCUGCUCCUGGCCAAGGCCGGAGACGGCAACGAGGCCAUCGGUGCUCUGAUCCAGAACUACAUCCGGGAGAUCGAGGAGCUGCGGACCAAGCUCCUGGAGAGCGAGGCCAUGAACGAGUCCCUGCGUCGCAGCCUCUCUCGGGCCUCGACCCGGGCUCCCUACUCCCUGGGCGCGUCCCCGGUUGUCCCGAGCAGCUCCAUGGAGGAUGCCUCUGAGGUCAUCCGCCGAGCCAAGCAGGACCUGGAGAGGCUCAAGAAGAAGGAGGUCAGGCAGCGGAGAAAGAGCCCAGAGAAGGAGGCCUUCAAACAGAGGGCGGAACUCCAACAGGAGAACAGCGAGGAGACCGACGGCAACGAGGCCGAGGAGGAGGACGAGGAGCCGGAGGAGAGCGGCCACGAGGACGAGGACUCGGGCAGCGAGGAGAGCCUGGUGGACUCGGACUCCGACCCCGAGGACAAGGAGGUGAACUACCAGGCUGACCUGGCCGACCUGACGUGCGAGAUCGAAAUCAAGCAGAAGCUGAUUGACGAGCUGGAGAACAGCCAGCGGCGGCUCCAGACGCUCAAGCACCAGUACGAGGAGAAGCUGAUCCUGCUGCAGAACAAGAUCCGGGACACGCAGCUGGAGCGGGACCGCGUGCUGCAGAACCUCAGUACCAUGGAGUGCUACACGGAGGAGAAGGCCAACAAGAUCAAGGCGGACUAUGAGAAGAGGCUGCGGGAGAUGAACCGGGACCUGCAGAAGCUGCAGGCCGCGCAGAAGGAGCACGCGCGGCUGCUCAAGAACCAGUCUCGCUACGAAAGGGAGCUCAAGAAGCUGCAGGCCGAGGUGGCAGAGAUGAAGAAGGCCAAGGUGGCCCUGAUGAAGCAGAUGCGCGAGCAACAGCAGCGGCGGCGGCUGGCGGAGGCCAAGAGGAGCCGGGAGAUCGCGCAGCUCAAGAAGGAGCAGCGACGGCAGGAGUUUCAGAUCCGAGCUCUGGAGUCCCAGAAGCGGCAGCAGGAAAUGGUCCUGAGGAGGAAAACCCAGGAGGUUUCCGCACUGAGGCGUCUGGCCAAGCCCAUGUCUGAGCGGGUGGCGGGCCAAGUGGGACCAAAGCCACCCACGCUGGACUCGGGCGCCGAGGUCUCGGCCAGCACCACCUCGUCCGAGGCCGAAUCGGGGGCGCGCUCCGUCUCCAGCAUCGUGCGCCAGUGGGACCGCAAGAUCAGCCACUUCUUGGGGAACCACCCCAUGCCCACCGUGUCUGGCGCCCGCCCUGCCAGAAAGAAGUUCCAGAAGAAGGGGACCAGCCAGAGCUUCAGUAAGGCCGCCAGGCUCAAGUGGCAGUCGCUGGAGCGGAGGAUCCUCGACAUCGUCAUGCAGAGGAUGACCAUCGUCAACCUGGAAGCUGACAUGGAGCGGCUCAUCAAGAAAAGGGAGGAGCUGUCCCUCCUGCAGGAGGCGUUGAGGAGGAAGCGGGAGAGGCUGCAGGCCGAGAGCCCGGAGGAGGAGAAGGGGCUGCAGGAGCUGGCAGAGGAGAUCGAGGUGCUGGCGGCCAACAUUGACUACAUCAACGACAGCAUCGGCGACUGCCAAGCCACCAUCGUGCAGCUGGAGGAGACCAAGGAGGAGCUGGACUCCACAGACACGUCGGUGGUCAUCAGCUCCUGCUCCCUGGCCGAAGCCCGCCUCCUGCUAGACAACUUCCUCAAGGCGUCCAUCGACAAGGGGCUGCAGGUGGCCCAGAAGGAGGCCCAGAUCCGGCUGCUGGAGGGACGGCUGAGGCAGACAGACAUAGCGGGCCCCUCCCAGAACCACCUGCUGCUCGACGCCCUGCGUGAGAAGGCCGAAGCCCAUCCCGAGCUGCAGGCCCUCAUCCACAACGUGCAACAGGAGAACGGUUACGCCAGCACAGAUGAGGAGGUGUCUGAGUUCUCGGAGGGGAGCUUCUCCCAGUCGUUCACCAUGAAAGGCUCCAGCAGCCAUGACGACUUCAAGUUCAAGGGUGAGCCCAAGCUGUCCGCCCAGAUGAAGGCCGUGUCUGCCGAGUGCCUGGGCCCCCCGCUGGACGUGUCCACCAAGAACAUCACUAAGUCCCUGGCCUCCCUCGUGGAGAUCAAAGAGGACGGAGUGGGCUUCUCCAUCCGAGACCCCUACUACCGGGACAAGGUCUCUCGGACCAUCAGCCUACCCACCAGAGGGAGCACUUUCCCCCGGCAGUCUCGAGGAGCGGAGACGUCCCCUCUGACCCGGAGGAAGUCAUAUGACCGAGGGCAGCCCAUCAGGUCCACAGACGUGGGGUUCACGCCCCCCUCGUCCCCUCCCACUCGGCCCCGGAACGACCGAAACGUCUUCUCUCGUCUCACCAGUAACCAGAGCCAAGGAUCAGCGCUGGACAAGUAA